UCACUUAGCAAUACAUGCGAACCUUGCCACUAUGCAUAUCGCGUGGCAUAUGAAGGAAAGAAAUGAUUUUUUAAAUGAAGACGUUUUUAGGGAAACAUAACCCUAAAAACUUUCAUUCGCCUCUUUACUUUUUCUCUCGAUGAUUCUGGAAACGGCUCUGCACUGGGCGUCGCUUAGGGUUCGAAGGGAAAAAAGUCAUGCAUCCUUCAUUUCUGGGCGCAUCUUUGAGCGCUGGGCCCUGUUUUUGCUACGGCCGGCUCUUCUUUCUUGGUAUUUGCUGGUUUCGGGCUCAUUUUGGAGCCGUUGUGGAAGACAUUUUGCAUUUCUGAAUACUUCCUGGGUGUUUGGAGCUCGGCCUCCUUGCUGGGCGCGGUCUUAUCGCUUUUGCAUCCAUUAUUCUGCACAGGUCCGCCAUUUUUUAUCGACUCAGGAAGGAAAAAUGCACAGAUCAGAAGGAAAACAUCAACGGACCGGGGGGGAGCAACAAGACAAAGGCUACGACGAGCAUCUCCAACUGUUCCAGUCAUUCAGGCAAUGACUGGUUCCACUUCUGACAUGCCUUAUUUUUCUUUGUACUUGCAUACAUAUGUGUAUAUUUCUCUUCUGCAUUGAAUAUACGUAGCUAGUCCCACGGCUCCUGUGUGGGACGCAUUUUGA